UCAGCGUUUAGGAAAUAGGAACUGCGCUUUCCCCUCCACUUUCUCGGAAAAUUAGGGAAAGAAGCAGUGUUGAUUCAUUGACAUCACUGUGAAGCGCGAAAUUCACAGAAACCUCCCCUGACGCUUCGAUAGAUAUUUUCGCUUUGUUUUCUUUCAGAUUCGGCAUUUCCGCUGAAGCAGAGAAAGCUAUUCGAAUUUGGUAGUGCAUGACGAGUGCUUCGGAGCUAUUCUACAAUCGGAGGUAUCGUUUGGGACGAACCCCUAAUUAUCUGGGGGACGAUUCGUUGCCCGAUAGAUAUCUUCAUCUCGAUAUCAAUAAUCGUCGCCAUCAUCACAAUCCACAUGAUUUCAGUGAUGGUGAGACUCUCCGACGGUCCACGCCAACGCGACGGCUAUUUCAUCGUUUGUCCUACACGGAGCAAGAAUCAGCUAGACUUGACCUUAGGCACAACCGUUCUCUUUCAAACACAGCCAAUUCUGCUGAAGAUGUAAGCAGUUUCAGGGGCCCUAGAGUGAAUGGGAAUGACAGGCUACCCAUAGCUGUGGUACAUGCAAGGGCAAGACUCCUUCAGAGGUUGAGUGCAGCACCUCCCUCCAGAAACAGGCAAAGGGGUAGAAUCUCUCUAGAUAUUGAUGACAUGAGGCAUACGAACUUCAGGGAUGAAGAGAGCAGUGAAUCCUCAACUAGUCGUUUAGCUGAGGGUUUCCCAUUAACUGACUUAACUUUACAAAUGGAGAGGUCCCAACUCUUACAGGAAGUGAACAAAAAACCACCUGGACUCAACCAGGAGGCCAUGGACCGUUUGCAUAUGGAAGUAUUUAGCAUCAGGGAAACACAAACGGAAGAAUUGGAAUCUAGAGUACUGCAGGAUUGUGGCAUAUGCCUGGAAACUUUUCUUGAUGGUGAUAAGCUGAUACGCUUGCCUUGUGGGCACAGAUUCCAUUCUGCGUGUUUGGAUCCAUGGGUUCGAAAAUGUGGGGAUUGCCCAUUCUGUAGAAGAGGUAUAUUUUUAAACUAGAGAAGCCAAUGUGCAUUGCGUGUAAUUUGAGGUAUAAGUUGUAUUCUUCGAGUUUGUGGACAGAUAUUGCAACUGCAUGCAGUGUAAUCUCGUUGUUUUUUUUUUUUUUAAUAUUGUAUUGCUGUUUUUGUGGUUCUGAAAAAUACCAUGAAGUUGCAUUUCGUUUUUGUAGUCAUGCAGAUUCGUAUUAAUGAAAUUUGGUGCAUGCUAGCAUUUAUGCUCGUACUUAAGUACAUGAAAUG